AUGUCGAGUCUGGACCGAUAUUUUGAUUUUAAUACGGCUACUGCUGAAAAUCCUGCUUCACACAAAUACGAUGUGGGAAAUGGUAGUAAUAUACGUAAAAAUCCAAAUCCUAAAAGUGAAUAUGAAGAAAAAUGCAUUCGUAGUGAAGAAUCGGAUGGAUAA